AUGACGGUCUUCUUCCUCCUAGUUGUCCUUGCUCUGGUAGCAAGCACCGCCUUUGCACAAUACGCGGCUAUGCACGCCCCUUGCAACACGGUACACAAGCAGUGUUGUGGGCAGCUAGGGCAGACGUCGCCACAAUGUCGCUCCCAGGCCAUCAAGAAAGUUAUCCAAGCCGAGCUCUUCUAA